CAAGGUUUACUCAGACCUAGCUACGCCCCAAGGCAAUAUUAAAAGUCCAAGACAAUAGUUAGUUAGCUACUGGCUGGAAUGGUGAAGCGUUCGUAUCUGUGACCAGAGAGUAAAAGAAGGAACAUCUCAUCGCACUGCGACACAGUCAAGCUAAGACCCAUGAGUUCGAUUUCGUUCUCACCAAUUGACACCAAUCUAUGAUAUACAAGUAGCGAUGGCGACCGGACUAUCCCCCGAACACAAGACGUUGUCGGACACUCCUGCUGAUGUUCUAUUGGCUCACUACGGGAGCACCCCCCCAACCGCCCCCCGUGAUGGACAGUUGUCACCCCCUAGAGGGGGGCACGGCUUUGGACCUACGGGGAGCGAGCUAGCCACCAGCUGGGCAGCCAUCCCCACACACAUCAAUGGUGGAUCACCAGAUCCAGUGGAAGACACAACCGCCGGCUACCCCACUGCGGCUGAGAUCCUCGACCUCCUUCACACAAAGGUGGCCAUAUUGUCAGGAGGACGAGACAAACAAGGUCGCUCCAUUAUAACCUUCCCAGCCCAAACCAGGAGCUUUGACUACAGCAGAGACUGCAUACGAAGAGUUGUCCAAUACCUCGCCUGUAUACCAACUGAAGACGUGCGUGAGUAUGGCUUCAGUGUGGUGGUUGACGGCCGCUCCUCUAACUGGCAGAACAUCAAGCUCAUUCUACGCACACUACAGGAGGGCCUGCCGGGUCAGAUCACUGUUGUCUUCACGAUUCAACCAGGACAGUUUUGGCAAAAACAGCAGAGCUCUCGCGGGCACAGCAAAGAGAAAGGAAAAUUAGAAUUCUCCACGGAGCAACUGUCGUCAACGGACAAACUGAUUCGCUACGUGGAGAGCAGUCAGUUGACCUCCGACCUCGGUGGAUUCCUCCCAUACAAUCAUGAUCUCUGGAUUAAACUGAGACUAGAUCUGGAACGCUUCAUCUCAUCCUUCAACGCUCUCAUGGAGCACACAGCACACGUUGAACAACAGCUGGUUGCCGACGGCGACCCGAGUGACGUAGAAGUGGCUCAGGAAUGUCUCACACGACUCAUGGAGAUGCAGGAACAACUACGCAAAGCACCACAGAACACCAUACGCGAGGGAAACGACCUCCUGAGGGCUCUCGAGCAGGGGCGUGAAGAUGCCGGCACGUCUGGGAUGACUCCUGAUAAGAUCAAUGCUAAGUCAAUCAUUCGCAAACUUCUGGACAAGAUUGGUCAGCGUCAGAUGCAACUGGACGAUCUGUGGAGGGAGAGAAAGGCGACUCUGGAGCAGUCUCUACAGUUGAGGGUGUUUGAGAAGUCACUAGUUAAGGUACGAUUCUGGCUAAAAUCUCGAGGAGAAGAGCAGCUGUCCAGUCGCUGUGACAUUGGUACAAACCCUGAGGCAGUGAGGGGACUGUUGGAACAACACGACAAAUUUGAAGCCAAAGCCAAGCACCACCGCACAGCGCUGACUCAGCUGCGUCGCAUGGCUGAUCGAUUCUCAGGGGAACAGAUGGCGAGUGCAGACAGUCUGCAGAGACAGGUGUCCAAACUCACAUCCAGGUUCUCCAAGUUCGAUAAUUUGGUGACAGAGAGGAAGGUGAUAUUAGAGUCCUCUCUGCAGCUGCACGUCAAUGUGAACGAGUGGAGAGGGUUGUGUAAGGUCACCUCUGAGCUGCUCCAACAGGAAAUGGCUCCAACUGACCCCGCCCAUUCUCCUGACGAGAGUGGUGAUCACAUGACACAGCUAUGGCAAGUCGCCGACUCAGCAAUCUCAGAAGCGUCCUCUCUAAUAGAGCGAAUGAAGAGCACCUCUUCGAAAUUACCAUCAGAGGGUAGUAAGGGAGCAGGGCCCGGGUAUGGCCCAGGAGUGGAUCAUGUGAGUAGACUGAUUGAAGAGAUACAGAACCAUCGUCACCGUGUGGGUCAGCUAGCGGAGGCACGAAGGUUACAAGGAGAAGAGCUGCGGAGACUCCACUCUUGUGAGAAGGACACCAGUCAAGUGAUCCAAUGGCUGGGUGAUAUGCUGACUCAGCAGUUACUCCCGGGCCAUGGUGACGUGGGGGACAGUGUUCCUGCCGUGACUAGACUCAUCAUCGGCCAUUCCAAGUUCUCUGAUAACGCACACAAGACCUUCAAGUACGGUCUUGAUCUGGUGACAGCUGCUCAGCGUACUCGUGUCUCGUGUCGCCUUGACAACCAACCAAGCUCCGCCCUCCUCAGCACUCUGGACGCUAUAUGGUCAAAAUUAUCUGCUGCUAUGGACGAGGUUAAAGGUCAUCUAGAUACAGCUAAAGAGUUCCACGGUCUAACUGAAGAGUCACUGUCCAGCUACACAGAGUGGAGACGCCCACUCCACCAGCUCCCUAAGACCCCCUCACUCAUCCAGGACAGACUCACUCAUAUGACCCACAACCACCAACAAUUGCUCGAGCAGCUAGCCUCCGCACUACGUGUUGGAGAAUCGUUGGUGAGCAGGAUGGAGCGACCUUUGACCUCUAAUGGGGACUUCCCCCACCCUAAUGAGGCAGUAAAGAGUUCACUAACGUUCCUCCGUGGGAGACUAGGGGAACUUUGUGAUGCCUCUAAAGAUUUGGAAACCUCUCUACCGCAACAAGUUCAGCUAUUGAACGAUUUUUUGCUCUACUGUCAGUUCGAAUCAGGUAUCGAAAAAGUGUUGCUAUGGUUACAAGAGCACGGCCUCAAGCAAAUGCACACAUUGUCGCUCAUCAAGGAAGGUCAAAGUUCAGUCAGAGAGCAGAUGGAAAGUUUGAACAAGUUACAGACGCAGGUUAAAGUUCAUUCUGUCACAGUUGAACAAAUUCACUCGGAAGCAGGCGAUGUUGAUGAUCGCAUCAGAGGGUUCAAGUCCGAUCUCGUUACCAAGGCAACGACCUUGAAAACCGUAUGGGAUAAGUUCACUGCUCGACUGGAAGAUCGACGCGCUGUCAUCUCAUUGGCCGCUAGUUUCUAUGGCAAAGUUGAAGAGACAAGAGCUCAGUACAGCCUCCUAGAAACCUCUGCUAUAACAAACCUGCCAGUUGAAGAGCUAGCUCAGAGCCAAGAGAAACUAGGUAAGGUUUUUGGGAAGACUAUAUCUGAAGGGCAACAGCUACUGGAAAGAUUUAAGCAAUCUCCUGGUGAUCAAGGAUCUGUGGUUCAAAAACUAACUGCUUUAAUGGAGGAUUUGAGAGUACGGAAAAAUGGAAUUGAUUGUUUGAUUACCGAAAGGACAAGGAUCAAAGGUCAUGCGCCAGCGAGUGUUGCCAGGAGCAACGGUGUGGUGGGUGGGGAAAUUCCCCUCACACGCCGUGUACCUAGUGACGGUAAAGUGAGCAAGAAGUACACCCACAUGUACGGAGAGCUGGAGGAAGAGGCUUAUAAGCAUAUCGAGGAGCUGGAGACUAAAUGUGACGUAUUCCUCUCAAGCCACACCCACUUACGAGACACUCCUGACAGUGCCAAAGUAUUAUCAUCUGAAUACGACGACUUCUUGUUGACCCUUGACCCCAUCGAGAGCAAAUUAGAGAGGGUGGUCCAAGAUUUGACGUCCCUGUGUCCGAAGAUGCCCCCUCUCGCCUCGUCCAUACAGCAGCUGUGUGCGAGUGUACGUGGGCGUGUGGAGGCUCGUAGAGUGGGCGUUGAGAUGCGUAGGCGUGUUCUCAGAAUGUACAACCAAUUCUGCGAACUUGUGAAAGAGGUGAAGUCUGACCUCUCCGUCCUGGACGAGUUUCUCAGUGAUCCAGUGGACGACAGUGUUUCCAUGGAAACCCUGCAGACGUACAAAAAGUUGAUGGAUGGGCUGUCCGAAAAAUAUACAACUACAAAAUCACAAGGUGAACAGUUUUUGGAGGUGACUUCAGAAAUGCUUACAACACGAGUUGGUCCAAGACUGGAGGUGGGCGGAGCUUGUACAUCGGUGGCCUUUGACCUCGGUGACCUUGAGGGCCGCUAUCCUGACCUUUUAGAGCGGUGGGGGGUGAGGGAGAGAGUGCUGAGUCAGCAGAUGAGCUGGCAAUCCUUCAAGGCAAACUAUGACGAGAUCACGACGUGGUUGAGAGAAUCUGCUGGCAAGUUCCUUGAGACAAGGGUGGAUGUUGGCAUGUCCCUGGAGACAGCCGAGGACCUACUCAGUGAACUAGGAGAGUUUGAGAUACGUGCCAAGAGGAUAGCGGAGGAGGUGGAGUCUCUCCUAGUACAGAGUGAGGCACUCUUAUCAACUGGUGUGAGGGAAUCAUCAGAACUGGGGGAUCUGGCGUGGGAUCUCCGCUGUCUCCAUGACGAUUUCAGACAGCAGCUGGACACAAGAAACGCGUCCCUGAAAAAUGCCGUGUCGUUCUUUAUGACCUCUGAUCAAGUUCGUACAGACAUGCAGUCAGCCGUAGAGUCAUGUGAUAGCUUACUGCGACAAGACUUGCCCACACAUCUCAAGAUCACCUCAGUGUCAACAAGACUGGUCAACCUUCAACACGAGGGAAGGCAGCUAUUGGAACAGCUUGGCAUUAGCCACACCCCUGACCACGCCCCCAAAGGGAGGAGGCGGUCCCGUGCUCGGCGUACUGAGUCAGCAUCUGCUAGUGAAUUAGCCAUCAAGCAAAUGCUUGCCACUCUGCAGAAAGAUUUCAAUACAUAUAAGAAAGCAGUUGAACGCAGAAUGAUAUCAUCGUCUCCCCAACCCCCCAACCUGAAGCAGGAAAGGGGGGGCGAAAUUGUACGCCGAUCUCCCCAAUCUCCCAAUCCAAAGUCAGUAAAGGGGGGUGAAAUUGUACGCCAAUCUCCCCAACCCCCCAACUCAAAGUCGGCAAAGGGGGGCGAAAUUGUACGUCGAUCUCCCCAACCUCCCAAUCCAAAGUCGGUAAAGGGGGGCGAAAUUGUAAUCCAAUCUCCCCAACCCCCCAAACCGAAAUCGGCAAAGGGGGGCGAAAUUGUACGUUCAAAAAGUGAUCUCAAAGCACCACCCUCCAAGUAUCAUAAUGACAAUAAGAAUGUUACAAAGAACGAAAAGAAGUCUGAACAGAAAACUUCAGAAGAUGAUUUACUAAAUGUUCCUGUACUACGAGCGCGUGCCAACACAGGGGAGGCUAUAAAGACAAAGAAGAGGUCAUCUGCCGUACUUCAAAGAAUAGCAGCACUCAAUCAAAAGUCUACUAAAGAAGAUGCAGUAGCUUUGAAGGAAUUUGGAACGACUUUUGCACCCCGACCUCGUGCCAAUACAGCGGACCCCACCCUGAGUCCAUCUAAACCAUCACUGCCUCGUAAGGCCGAGUUGCCGAAGCAACCAGACCCCCCACAGCCCCAAGUCGUACUACGUGGGCGAUCCCCCACAGACGUUGAUAGCGUACCAUUACGUAAAAAAGGGGGCGGAGUCACUAGAACUGAAAGAAAAGAUAAAAUCAACGCCAUCCGAAAAAUAUUUGAAGCUUCUACCGAAUCGUUAAAUGUUGAGGAGAAGAUGACUACAACCGAAGACAAGGGUUCAACAAUAGUAGCUCCUGCCGUAGUGAAGGCCGUGCUUAAAGACCACCUCCCCACCAAGCAAAGGGUCGUCACGAUCACCAUGGAGCCAAUGGAGAAACCUGCCACGCCCCCUCUGGUUACCAUAGAAACAGAUGUGACGUCACCUGUGAGGAACAACUAUCUCCCUGAUUCCACGGACCUCCCAGUAGCCCCAUCACGUGACGCCCACACACUGCCGGCAGACUACACUAGUCUACACUCUCGUCUUGUUCGUGCCACUCGUUCGGCUUCUCCUCAGGCGACCAAUCAGAUACUAGCCACACCCCUUUCUAAAUCUGGCGUAACUUCUAACGACAGUUCGCCUAUCCGCCGAGCUUCCAAACGCCCACCCCCCCUUAGAGUGUCCGGUAAAGUUUCUAGUUUAAGAGAUAUGUUCGAUUCGCAAGCCAAAGAAAAAUCGCCAAGUCCAAGACUAAGAACAAGCUCGUAUUCAGGGAAAUCCCCUGCUGGAGUGGAACGGGGUCAUAGGGGUCAAAGGUUCAGCGUUGGAGCAUUCGAACCACAAGCUGCUCUGUUGGAAGUUAGCAGCGAAUUUAACUCAUCUGUUGCUAGGCAACAUAGUCCCGAUAUAACCCCAAAAGAAGAGCAGAAACCUCCAGAGAGACCACGCCCACCUGUUGGGAUACCACACCCACUUGAGGACGAACCUGACAUCCUGGAACACAAACCACUCCCACAAACGAUACCAUUCCAGUCAACAGCAGUGGUUGAGACCACACCCCCACCACGCCCACCUUCUCCCGUUGUGGAUAUUGAAGACAGUACCAGUAGCGGAAGUGAAACGAGCGAAUUUGAUUUCGAUAUUUCUUCGGAUGAGAUAGAGGAUUCCUUAUCAGAGGAUGAGGGAGUGGAUGGUGAAGAGCUUGACAGUGCUCCUCGGCUUAGCAAGAGUGUGAGUACUGUACUGUCAGAGUUGAUCCAGUCAGAGCGUGCUUACCUACCUUCAGUGGAAGUGUUGGCCACCGUCUACCUACCGAUGUUCUCCCUCCGUCAUGUACCCACGUUCCUUCAAGGACGAGUGGACACGGUCCUACCAAACCUCACACACAUACACACCUUCCACAGAGAAUUCAGUGCAUCUCUUUGUCGUGAUGGCAACACUAUUGAGGACGUGUGUCAGAUCUUCAUACAUGCCUCGGAUGGAUUUCAAUGUUACGUACCAUUCUUAAUUGGAACGGAACGAGGACUUGAAAUUCUCUCAGAAUAUGGAGGCUCGUUUUUCGAGGACAAGCAACGACUACUAGGCAAUGAUGGAUCGAUACUAGAGCACCAUUAUCGUCUCAAGGAGAGGAUGAUCGAGUAUGACCAUCACUUGAGGGACCUGCUUACAGCUGCUCAGAAAGAAGCUCUAUACGCUGUCGAACUUGCCAUGGAGGCUCUAAAGGUUGUUCAGAAGUUGCUCCGCAGUGUGGACAACACACUCAUCCUCGACUCCCUGAGGGGAUUCCCCCACUCGUUGACGUUGGAUCACAUGAUACGCAGGGACGUAUUUCAAGGCUAUAUAACUAACGGAAAGAAGAAAAUACGCGAGUAUCAUGUGAUCCUCACCCCAGAUCAUGUGAUCUUCACACGGCCACGUGGCAAAGGUCGAAAACUGUACUAUGAAUUUACAGAAAGUCUAAAGGUGUCAGAGAUGCAUAUGCUGGAGACGUACAAGUCUCGUGAUGACACGUUUGCACUGUGUGAGGGGAACCUCUCCGCUGACAACCUCAGAGUGCUGACGCCUGUGUUCACUCCACUCCUCAUGAAGACCAUCUGGAUACAAGAGGUUAGACCACUCCUACAGAAGAACCACAGCAGACGUACGAUUGUUAGUGAGGAAGAUACACCUCUUCCGUACUGUUUCCAUGGUGAUAACAUGCCACGCCCCCUUGAUCAUGUGACCCAAGCACUAGACGAGAGAAUUGGAACACUAAAACGUGGAAAAUCUUUCUUAAAGCGAACCAGAUCACUACGCAGGACCAAGAGGAAGCCGCCCACGGGAGAGGGUGUGGUCAGAACACAGUCAGUCCGUGAUGUCAGUCACAAGAGAGAGGCGUUCAUUGAUAUACAGGAAAUGGGUGUGGCCAAACCAUCGCAACACGACGAUGCCGUGUCAAGACAGUCUCAGAUCAGCUCAUCCUCUGGAGGGGGUGUGGCCGGGGUACAACUGGGGUCACUGUCAGCACGAGGCCAGUUCCUACCAGUACAGGAAGAUGAGCUGUAUCUAGUGGUAGAGCCACACACCUCAGAGCGUGAUGGCUUCCUCUCUGUGGAGCGGGGGCAGUUGGUCGAGGUGCUGGAUAACUCUCGCCGUGCCACCUGGAUGGUCCUCACUGUUGCUAGGCAACACGGAGAGCUAGAAAUGGAGGGAUUUCUGCCUUCGUCUUGUUUGCGAUUGGCUACUAAAGAUGAGAUUAUAGUAUCGAUGUCAGCACCAUUCGUUCCUCCGCCAGUGUCACAUGACCUGUCACAUGACAUAUCACAUGAUGUGUGUGAAGCCGGAAGAGGUCAAGAGGUCAAUAAUUCCAUCGAACCAACAGAAUCGCUUGAAUUAGAGCGAUCAUUAGACCACACCCCCUCACAAUCUACCGGUCAAAACAUCUCCGGUUCAAUUACUAUAGUACCGCAUAACCAUGGCAACCAGCAAGGGGAAAGUCCUACUUCUCCCAAAAAUGCAGACUCAGCACAAUCUUCACCAAUGGUUACGAAGCGUUCCAAACCUCCCAUUCUCAACCUCACGAUUGCCACGCCCACUCUAAGUGAUCAUGCCACGCCUACUCCAAGUGACCGUGCCACGCCCCCUUACCACGACCAAGGGCCCCACUUGUCUCCUAUGAUAGAGCAUCGGAAGUUAUGGGAUUACAGACAAGGAGAAGAUUUGACGUCAUCCAUACGAAGUCUACCCAGCACUUUCAGUCCUGUUACGCCCAAGUCCAACCAGCGUUUCCUUGGUUACAACCCUAUGCACCUGCCAGAGGUCACCCUUUCGUACCCUGAGCUAGGACCACCCGCCCCGCCCACUGAUAAGAGGCGUAAAGCCAGAGAGGAGCUUAGUAAACUACGAGAGGCCACAGUCCAAUACAGAAAUGACCCCACCCCCGGCUCAGUGGAAGAGUUUGACCCUGUACUCGUGUACGUGGCCAUCGCUGACUUUGAGGCUGUGGAAGACAGUAGCAUAUCCCUCACAGCUGGACAAUGUGUGGAGGUACUGGACAGCUCGCGAUCUGAUUGGUGGUUGGUAUUCUCCAGCGAGUCAGGACGGGAAGGAUGGGUACCAGCCUGCUACCUCGGGCAGUUCACACUAACUGACCCCUCGUCCCCACCCCCUGAACCCUUCGAGGACGAGAAUGGAGAGCUAGCGGCUCUAAUGGGGCGGAGCUCCGAAGAGGUCAAUCGUCGGGAACUCUACACCGCCUCUUUCCUUGAGGGGGAGGGGCCUUCCAACGCACAACUACAAGGGAUGUUCAGUAUUAGUCAUCCCUACGUUGCCAUGACGGAGAUAUGUGCACAAUUGCCGGGACAAGUAUCCCUCGUACAAGAUCAGUCAGUGACCGUGGUGGAUAGUUGCCGUGACGACUGGUGGCUCGUCCGUACCGUGGGCGGGGAGAGGGCAGUGGAGGGUUGGGCACCACGACACCAGCUCAAGCCUGACGAAAAUAUACGAGAGGACUCGGUUGUCGAGGCCGGUGGGUCCCUAGCAACAGUGACGAGUGCAUUCGAAGAGGAGGAAGAGCUCAAGCCGACACUGACCACACACCCUUUGAAUAUCAUCACACCCCCUCCACAACUGACCACACCCUCUCCAAACCUAAUGUCUCGGAGAAGUCUACCAAUCGCACAUGUAGGAGCAAACAUUCCAAACUCCGCCCCUCUGUGGGUGGUCCUAGCGGACUACAAAGCAACAGAGGGGGGCAUGCUCUCUGUGGGGGAAGGGGAACUGCUCGAGGUGUUGGAUAUCUCACGCAACGAGUGGUGUCUCGUGCGACCCUCCACACGCCCACUCGAGGAGGGCUGGGUGCCGAUGACCUAUCUGAAGCCACACAACAGCAAAGGAUACGCGAACCCCUCGUUAUUACCACCACGGUUCCAUCAGCACUCUAGCUCCUCUGAUAGUGAUACUCCCUCUGAGGGGUUGGAAAGGUCGCCAGUGGCGCUAUCCCCAGAGGGAGUUAUGGUUGCCACUAGCAACGAGGCUCGGACAGAGGCUAAGGAGAGACGAAGGUUUGUUCUGUCAGAGCUGGCCAACUCAGAGAGAGACUAUGUGGAGAAGCUGAAUUAUUGUCUAGAGCACUACUCUGGUGUGGGUGUGGAGGGGGGUGCUCCUAGUGCCGUUACAAUGGACACUCUGUUUGGCAACCUGGCUGACAUCCUCACCUUCCAUAGAGACCACUUUCUCCCGGAGCUACAAGCCUGCGAAAUCAAUCCCCUCAAAUUAGGAGAUUUAUUUGUCUCAUGUGAGCAGCAGCUGCGUAUGUACGUCACCUACUGUCGGAACAAGGCCUCGUCAGACUCCGUGUAUCAUGACCACGCCCACUAUUUCGAGGAGAGGCGUGGUCAACUACGAGACCGCCUCAAGCUACCUGACUACCUCAUCCUCCCAGUACAGAGGAUCACCAAAUACACACUCCUCCUGCACGACUUCCACAAGUACAGUGUCCGAGCUGCUCUGGAGGGUGGCGGUAUACUGUCUGCACUGGAGGUAUCACGAGGAGUCUCAACUCUGGCUAACAAUGCUAUACAUCUCAACAUGCUCAACGAUCGCGUGAGCAGCACAGAGCUAGGGGACCUCGUUAUGCAGGAUUUGUUCGGAAGUCAGGAGGGUCACAAACAAUUGUAUAAAGAGCGGAGGAUUUUCCUGUUUGAGCGUGCACUCAUCCACACCAAGCGUCGCCAUGACAACAGCGACAAGGAGAGCUACGUCGUCAAGGAACAACUCAUGCUACGAGAUAUCAGCAUGACUCAGGACAUGGACCCAGGUCGUCUCAACAUCAUCACAUACGACAUGGUCACGGGUACAAAGUUCAUUCUACGAGCUCCUAAAACAUCUAUUAGAGACAUGUGGCUGGCCCGGGCCAACGAGCUAAUCCGAUUGGCCAAACAGAAUAACACUGGUUUUAUGAGGGGGCGGUCUGCGUCAGAGCCCGGGGAGCACCUGUCACGCACGCCCACGUUCAUGAGGCGCUCCGUGUUGUCCAAGAGAGAGUCAACCAAAAGAAAGAGUUUCAUAAGUCGACCCAGCUCCAGUAGUGGGCGGAGAUCAGGAUCACCAGAGCAACAGGAACCUGUGGAUACAGAGUACGUUGUGAUGGAGUGUAUAGUGAUGGAGGGUGGUGAUGAUGUGACCCUUGACCCCGGCGAUAUCGUCCGCCUCGUGAGUGUGGAGAGUGGGGGUGUGCUACGUGUGAGGACGACGGAGGAUCCGCCCUCAGAGGGGAAGAUACUCGCUAGCUAUCUACGCAAGAAGGAUUCCGUCAAGGGCCUUAAAAUGGAAGCUAUUCCCAAGUUUACAAUGCGUCCCUCGGACAUGGACCUCCUCAUGGGAACCACGGCAACCAUCAGCUGUGCAUUCAACGGCUACCCCAUCCCGUCCAUUAUCUGGCGUAAAGAUUAUGAGUUAUUGUCCUUGGAGGGUGAGAGAUGGAAGAUCACAUCGUGCUCCACCUCGAGUGUACUAGAGAUCACACGGCUGGAUUAUGAGGAUGAGGGGGCGUAUUCUUGUUACAUCACCAACUCUCAGGGAUCUGACUCGGCCGAUAUGUGCCUCAACAUUCACGGCCCUCCUAGUCAACUCCAGAAACCAACGGCCUCCAAGAUCACGAGCAGCUCCGUUAAACUCAAGUGGGUUGCCCCUGACAACGACGGCAAGGCUCUCAUACACUCCUACCAGGUGGAGAUGCUUCAGGAAGGGUUCGAGGAAUGGCAACCUAUUAUACAGCAACCUCGUGUUUACUUCAUGGUCAAGAAUCUCCUGCCCAACACAUCCUAUCAUUUCAGAGUGACUGCUAUCAAUGAUUACGGUGCCAGCCCACCCUCGGAAGGUACAAAGGUUGUGAUGGGGGUCAAAGGUCGUUGGCAAAGCUUCAGACGAGGCCACGUACCAGCCAUCACUAUCAAUACGUCCAUCGACUCUACUGAUGGUUUGUUUGAUGAGCUUGGUCUGGACGAUCAGUCUCAGCAAAGUAGGCGUGGCUCCAUCAGUAAUGUCUAUGAUGUCAUGGCAGACGAACUGGGCAGAGGCCAAUAUGGUAUUGUACAUCGCUGUGUUCACAAGCGUAACGGCACAGAGCUAGCGGCUAAAUAUGUGAGACUGCGUAGCAAACGAAAGGGAACUAUUCGUAAAGAAGUGGAGCUAUUGAAGAAGAUAAAGGGGAAGUCCCCUAAUCUGCUAGAGUUCUGUGAUGCUUUUGAGAUAGGGAGAAACUUGGUCAUUGUCACUGAGAUAGUUCCGGACGGUGAACUAAUUGAGAGGAUAAUAGCAGACAAUAACCUGACGGAGGCUGUAACCGUUGGUUACCUGGGCCAGCUACUCAGUGCUGUGGACACUCUCCAUUCUCUGAGUAUAGCUCAUCUUGACAUACGCCCAGAGAAUAUCCUGUUGUCAGGGGAUACGCUCAAACUGAUAGACUUUGGGAGCGCCAAGGAGAUGACCUCUGACCUUUCACCUCUGUACACCUCCUCUGUUGAGUUUACAGCCCCGGAGAUCUUGAACCAGGAGCUGCCUACUCUGAGUGCUGACAUGUGGAGCGUGGGCGCCCUAGCUUAUGUUCUACUCAGCGGGAUAUCUCCAUUCUUUGGUGAGAACAUCCAGGCCAUUGUGGAGCGCAUCAAGGAGGCCCGCUACAGCUUCUACCCCUCACAGUUUGAUCAGGUCUCACAAGAGGCUAAGGAUUUCAUAUCAGCACUGCUACAGAAAACACCAGAGUACCGUAUGACAGCUAGGAAGGCGUGUGAUCAUCCUUGGAUACGAACCCUGCGUACUCUGAAGGACAAGGACAGGAGCACCUCCCCCUGGCCAAUGGCAAGACUCGAUGUAUCCGGGCUCAAAACUUUCAACGCUCGCAGGAAAUGGGUCACAAUGUCUGUUGCCAUUGACGACACGAUAGUGUUUGGCCCUCGCUCCACCAUCUGUCUUAGCCCCGCCCCCCCAGACUUUGAGGAAAUGGCGAAAAACGAAGCUCCUCCUCAUUUAUGGGAUGGCCCCACCAAACUACAGGCCUGCGUAGGGUCAAAGGUCACUAUAUCGUACUCUGUUGCCGGUAACCCUGAGCCAACAGUGAUUUGGGAUCACGAAGAUGUCGAGGUGAAAUCAUCACGUCAUCACAGCCUCACAACGCGUGGGGGUGUGACUCUUGUGACCCUGACGGGUGUGCGGCGUGAGGAUGAGGGGGUGUGGUCUUGUACCGCCCUCAACGGCUCAGGUUCCAUAGCUCAAGAAUGUCACCUGACGGUCCUAGAUCUCCCGGGACCCCCCCUGGAUGUGAACGCAGUGCUACUAGGUGCCAACUCUGCCAUGGUGUCAUGGUUACCCCCCACAGACACUGGCAGCUGUCCCAUCACCAGCUACGCCAUUCAGCGGAAACAGCUACAGGCUGAUAAUUGGGAGGAGACUACUUCGGUGAGUGACAUCACUGCUCAUGUGAUGGAGAACCUGGUACCUGGAGUGUCACACGUCUUUAGAGUGGCCGCAGCUAAUCAAGUGGGCGUGGGAGGACACAGCAAGGUUACCGGCCCCGUUGCCGUGGUGUCACUACAAGACUCGGAAACUGAUAGCAACUGUGAUGAGGUUCGACUGAAAAUGAGAUCGUUUGAACUCGACUAUGAGAAAGGUCAAGAAAUUUGGAGAGGCACCUUUGCCAGUGUGCUACAGUGCAGAGAGCGCACCACUGAUCGUCUGUACACGGCUAAACACAUGCCCACCAUCACCACGGAGGAGAAGGAACGAGCUCUAGCAGAGUAUGACAUGCAUCACAGCCUCUCCCAUCCUCGGGUGGUGGCGAUGGAAGAUGCCUUCCUCAAUGACUCUCAUGUCACUCUAGUUCUGGAAUAUGUGUCUGGUGGGUCUCUGGAUGACCUCCUAUCCUCCCAGCCAGUGCUGACAGAGCAAGUCGCUUCUCAAUAUACUCGGAAGAUAGCUGAGGGUUUGGAGUAUCUCCAUGACGACAAGAUCAUCUUAGUCAACCUGAGCCCCGACAACAUCUUGCUAACAAGUGGACACAAAGAUAUCAAGAUCUGUGAUCUUGGCCUUUCCCGCUUCAUAGAGUCUGGUAAUCAGUUGGCCAGACUAGAGGGCCGAGUGGAGUUCAUGUCUCCAGAAGUGGUCGCCCUCCAGCCACUCACUACAGCAGCUGAUGUGUGGAGCCUGGGUACCAUCACUUACCUCAUGCUCACGGGAAUGUCCCCCUUCCUAGGGACCACCCCAGAGUCCACCGUGUCCAACAUAGCCUCAUGUACCCUGGACACUGACUCCGCCCCUUACUCCGCCCUCCUCUCUGAGGCUAGAGACUUCGUACAAUAUAGAGCACUGGUGCGUAACCCACGGCGACGACUCACAGCCGUACAAUGUCAACGACAUAGCUGGGUUCAGUCACAUCGACAAUCAAGUAUUGAUAGCUCUGAAGAUAAGCCACACCCACAAGGACGUCGUUCAAGUGGUCUCCAAGACGAUAGACAAACUUCAAAACAUUCCUCACUGAAUUAAUAUACUAGUUACUAGUAGCAGCUGUUUUUAUCGAUCAUAAUUAUUACGUUAUUUUAUCUCACACACGUACACUGAUGUUCCAUGAAUAUAAUUAUUUAAUUGUAAGUGACUUAUAACUGC